UUUAUAUGGAGUUUACCACACUGGGAACACGCUGAACUGAACCCCAUUGCUAUCGGAAACCCCUAGCAAAUGAAAGCAAAUCACAUGUAUUUCAAUAAGUUCAGCCAUCAAGUGGCGUUCAGAUGGCUUGCAACCGAUAAUCCGUAAUCGAGCAUUAUGGCCACCCGGACGACUAUGAACGGCCAAUCAGGGCAGAUUAAUCCACUGAAGAGACCAUAAAUCCACAUUCAGGCUGGUACGCCAUGUCAGUGGCAGAAAGAGUGGAAUAUACUGAAGAUGCAAAUAGGUUCGGCUCUGGUUGGUCUUCUAUUCGUCGCUGUUCAGGUGGGAUGUCUGGAUCUUAGACAUGGCGCACUGACGGGGCGCAUCAGCGGCGGAGAGGUGGCCCGCGAUAAUCAGUUUCCCUAUCAAGUGGGCCUGUCUAUAGAGGAGGCCAACGACUUGUUUAGUUGGUGCGGAGGUAGCUUGAUAUCGGAUCAAUAUCUGCUGACGGCUGCGCACUGUGUGGAGGAAGCCAUCUCCAUCACAUUCUACUUGGGCGGAGUGCAGCGACUGUCUCCCCAACAGCUAAUCCGUGCGAACAGUCCCGUCGUAUACCUGCAUCCUGACUGGGACAGCCAAUCUCUGGAGAAUGACAUUGCCCUGCUGCGUUUGCCCGAACCUGCCGUCUUUAGCAGCUCCAUAGAUGUCAUCAGACUGCCAGGAAUGGCCUCGAGCCAUGUCAGCUACGACUACGUCCCGGCCACGACCUCUGGAUGGGGUCGCAUGAGCGAUGAAUCAGCUUUAAUUUCCGAUCAUCUUCGCUUUGUCGUCCAGUUUGUGGAGUCGAAUGAGGACUGCCAGUAUGCCUACGCCAACAUCAAACCCACCAACAUCUGCAUGGACACAACCGGCGGACGCUCGACCUGCACCGGAGACUCCGGAGGUCCACUAAUCUACUACGAUCCCCUGCAAAGUGCCAAUAUCCUGAUAGGUGUCACUUCGUAUGGCAAGAAGUCGGGCUGCACCAGGGGCUAUCCCUCGGUCUUCACACGCGUCACGGCCUACUUGGAUUGGAUAGCGGAGGUGAGUGGAGUUGUCUACCCGUAGAGUGACUCGCCGAUGGCUGAUGAAACAGUGCUGGGCACUGUAAAUAAAUUAAAUGAAAUGUUGAGCAUUUCCAAAG